CUUCUACAUCACUUUCACCGUCUUCUGUCUGUGUCAUUUUGUUGUCGUGUAAUGAACGUCGUGCAUGCAGGCUGAGGUAUUUACUUCUGUUUGUACCUGAGCUAUGCACUUGGUCGCGUAGUCAGUUAAUCAACGUCAACCUCGUUCCGUUCCUCUGAGGCUGUCUGUCCAAGACCGAUGACGUUGCUUCAUCAUCUCAGUUAUGUGGGCUCGAUAGCUGCAUUCCUGUUCAUGACACUUUCCCUUGCCAGCGGACUGCUUUAUAUAUCGGAGCUCAUCGAAGAAUAUUCUCGGAUGGCGAAGUUGAUUGGACAGCGAGGCACAUACCUUGUCAUUGCUUUACAUGCUUCAUUGUACAUCUUUGACUCGCUUCCUCUGCCACAAACGCUGUUCUCAAUCCUAUGUCACGCGGUAUAUCUGCAAAAUUUCUCAAGUGCAUGGCCUCUCAUAUCAUUAUCGUCAUUCUCCUUCAUCGCUUCUUGCAUUCUCGCUGUUGCCAAUCAUUUCACGUGGUUUUUGUACUUUUCGCGAAUUUCCCGCGAAGUGCGGCAUAGCUAUUCCAGACACCGUGGGCCGGCGACAGAGAUACCUGGGUUUGCCGAUAUUGCAACGUUCUUUGGAGUCUGCGUGUGGCUCGUUCCUCUGUUUCUCUUCCUCAGCCUCAGUGCUAAUGACAAUGCCCUUCCAACCUCAGGUAGCUUCAUUGGUUUUAUUACCUCACAAAAUUUCAUUGAUUUUCUUACGGGCGUAGGCAGCUCCUCUGGCCCGAAUUCAAGCUCGCCGCGAGUUAAUUCGUCCUUAUUCAAGUCUAUGUUUGGUAUACUUUGGAGGGGAGGGUCAGCAAAAUCGAACUCCGGUGCGCCAAAGGGGCUUAUUGCUCCACCGUCGCCAGUCUCCGUUCGACAACCCAGUUCUCCUUUGCCGGUGUCUCCAAUAGCAAUGCGUUCCCCCUCUCUAGGACCACCUCCAAGAACUCCUACCCGUAGAGUUACGGAAGAUGAAAGUCAGUUUUCAUUGGGGCUUGGACCGCCACUCGGCCGGUCACUUCAAUCUCGUAGGCGAGCGACUGCCGAGAAUCAUAAUGCAACUCCAAUUCCUGGACUGUCCAAUACUACCAACCGGAGACUCGAUGACGACGAGUAAUUCUGUUCCCGAUCCUAUAUCUUACCUGCUUGUUAAAAUAGUUCUGUGGCGAUAUAUCACCGUUUUCGGG